GAGAACACAAGAAGCGCUUCGCGAACUGAAUCGCUUGUUCUAUUUGUGCCUCUUUCUUUUCGGAGAAAGCAAAGUGGUCGCAUGAGUACAGAGGGUAUGGGCAGUUCGGUGCCUGAAUUUCCCGUGCCCCAGAAGGCGCUCACGCUUGAUAUCAAGGGGAACAAGACGGAUUUCGUAAUUUGCAGUUACGAGGACCAUUUCAUGGUAAUUGUCACUCAAAUUGGAGCUAUGGGGACAAUAUUGCAUGCCAGGAAGGAGGAAGGUGUCUCAAUUGAUCCUACUUUUAACGUCUCCGUCGUGUUUGGUAAGCGAGAUGAGCCAAUGAUGGUGGCAUGUGCUCGUCAGCUGAUUGAACAUAUAAGUAAUUCCAGGACCUCUAGGCAAUUGGUGCUUUCUCUAGGUCUCAAGGAUCAUUCAUCGGAGACGCUGAAAGGAGUUGUUUCUGCUGUAAUUGAGAAUCGCCUGUGGUAAUUGCUUGCUUGAACUGAGCAUCCCCAUUUCAUCCUCAGCAGCACUUGCAGCUGUUAAACACGGGCAAGAGUCCGUUUAACUGCUGCACUCGGCAAGCAUUUUUCUCGCAUAUGCUGGAUUAUGACCACGACUUUGAAGAGGACUCUGUGGUUCUGGACUUUCCUCCGCUGCACCAUUAUAAGUUUGCAUGCUGUGAUUUUCAUCUGUUUGCAUUCUGGAAGAGCCGAGUAAUGAGCAACAUCGAGAAUUUAUCCUUAA